AUGCGUGCUAUAGAUAUAGUAGCUCCUCUUGGAAAAGGGCAAAGAGCGUUAGUAGUUGCUCCACCUCGCACAGGAAAAACUGUAUUGCUUCAGCAAAUGGCUAACUCUAUAGCUAUAAAUUACCCUGAAAUAGAAUUAAUAGUGUUACUUAUAGAUGAAAGACCUGAAGAAGUAACAGAUAUGAUACGUUCUGUAAAAGGUGAGGUAGUGAGUUCUACGUUUGAUGAGCCUGCUUAUCGUCACGUACAGCUUGCUGAAAUAGUAAUAGAAAAAGCUAAAAGAAUGGUUGAGCAUAAAAAAGAUGUGGUAAUCCUACUUGACAAUAUUACUAGACUUGCACGUGCUUAUAACGCUGUUAUUCCUUCGUCUGGGAAAGUUCUAACUGGUGGUGUGGAUUCAAAUGCACUGCAGAGACCCAAGCGUUUUUUGGAGCGGCUCGUAAUAUUGAAAAUGGUGGUUCUUUGA